AUGCAGCAAAAGCUUACGAUAUUAAGCAAUGAGAAGGAACGUCGGGCUCCUCAAGGCGAGACCAUCGUUCACGGCUAUGACAGCAGUGUCAAGUAUGACUAUGUGGUUGUUGGGUCGGGACCUGGUGGCGGUCCUCUUGCAUCCAGGCUCGCGCUUGCGGGCCACAAGGUCCUCCUAAUAGAUGCUGGCACCGACGAAGGCAACGAGAUCACGACCGAAGUCCCUGCUCUCAUGCUGCAGUCCACCGAGUAUGAACCACAGUCCUGGAGCUACUACGUCCAGCACUACUCCGACCUCGAACAACAGAAGCGAGACUCGAAGAUGACCUACCGACAGUCGGACGGCAGCCUAUACGUUGGCCUCAGCCCACCGUCUGGAGCUGAGCCGCUGGGGAUCUGGUACCCUAGAGCAGGGACUUUGGGAGGGUGUUCUGCGCACAAUGCUAUGAUUUCAUUGUAUCCCUUUGACUCAGACUGGUCCAACCUCCAAAGUCUGACAGGUGAUGAGUCCUGGGAGCCGUCCAACAUGAGAAAGUACUUUGAGAAGCUGGAAAAGUGCGAAUAUCUUCCAAACACAGCGGUCGGACAUGGCUUCAAUGGAUGGUACAAGACCAGUCUUACGAGCUUGAGCCUUGUUGUUGAAGAUCAGAAGCUGUUGAGUCUCAUUCUGUCGGCAGCCACAGCUAUGGGAAAGAGCAUUCUCACAUCCAUCAUCACGACCGUGACUGGUCUUGCAGGCGUCUUAAUCAAAGACCUCAACUCAGGCCUGCCGGGCCGGGACAGAAUCGAGGGCCUCUACCAAGGUGGGCGUGAAAACCUUGGAUUUGGAGAAACGGGCUGA